CCUGACAGCGUUUGGAAACUCCCUUUUAAUUCUCACCUGGAGCCUCUUGAGGAUUGAGCAGAGAGGAGUUUCUCAAGCCAGUUGAGAGCACAGUCUGCAAGGACUGCUCAAGACUGGUCGCUCUCUAAGGAACAAGAGUUUCCUAAGAAAACCGGAAUACCGUGGAAAUGCCUCAUCUGAACUUUCCAGACCACGUUCACAUGGACCGUCCGAUGUAAAGGAUUGUACAGCGCCGAACAAGGAAACUGAGGGAUCCAGAAGUUACAGGCUGCGCAAUGUCAUCUGGCCGUGAGUCUGUAGGGGAUCUGAUUCCCCCAGAUAUGCUGCAGGUGUUCAGUGAGGACCGGCAGGGCGGCAGGGGCAAAAGGGGCAGGAGAAGGGCAUCCUUCAGCCGUGCUUUCAGGUGGUUGAAGAGCCAGCGCAGGAAAACCCGCCGACGUGCUGCAGAGAUACGUGGCGACCUGCUUGCCGCUGGUUCACCUGUAGAACUACCACAAUCAACACUUGUCACAGGCCUUAAAGAGGAUGUUGUGGGAGCUAUUUCUCUUCAGGAGUUCCGAGAAAAUGUGUUUGUGGAGGGUAAUCGGCCUAAAUAUGUGUUGGACCUGCACACACAGGCCCAGCAGGGCCUGAAAAUGCAGCAGCAAGAGGAUGAUAGCAAUGGGAUGGACUACCCUGAUGACCAAAGUAUGAUUUCAACAGUAACGGCUCAAACUGAAGACAGCAUGGCCUUCAGUGAGCUGAGAGGCUUUGAGUCUGAGAGCACAGCUGCUGAUUCUGUUUCGAUGCGUUCCUCCAUCUCCUCACGAUCAACUCGCUCAGGACUCAAACGCCAAGCCUCAACGUUCAGGCCUCUGAAGCCGGAUAAGACUGCAGAGAAGACGAAGUCUCGUAGGAAACAUAUGAGAACUGUUGUAGGAAUUCCUCGACAUGUCCAGAAAGAACUGGGGUUGGACAGGGCAGCAUGGAUCACCACAAAUCCUCUUGAUGGUCAGCUGUUCAAUGGAGACAUGAUCACACCCACCAUAAUUUCCAAUGUGGACAGCACGUCUUCCAGCUCUGAUCAAGAAAGUGUACAAGACCAUCUACAGGGCAUACAGAACCUGUACACAGUUAAGAAAGGCAACACACAGCGCCCCACACUGACAAAACCCAAAGAUGACGUCCUCCAAGGGCUCAUAAACCAUUCUGUAGAUCCAGAAAAGUCAGGAGCAGGCGCUCUAAGUGUUCCUUGGACAGAGAACCCAACCGGUGCAGUGAUGUCCAUCUCACCUCAGGCCACAUACAUGUCUAAAAUCAUUCCAAAUGCUGUACUUCCCCCAUCUGUGGAUGUUGUGGAACUCAGUCGCAGCCGAAGUCGCAGCAGUGUCCGAACUGUCAGCAAGAGCAGCCUGGUAUCAGCCAGCCCAGCAUCCACACGUGCUUCCUCCAGAGUCUCCUCACGUUGUUCCACAACCCACUCAAACUACUCUGGAUGGACCUACUCGGGAUCAUCAGAAACGCUUGUAUCCGAUUCUUCUACCAUCUCCAGCAGUAGCACUCCCCGUGUGGCCAGCAGAGGGAGUCAGGUUGAGAUCAAGAAUAGACCAGCCAAGCUGAACAACCGCGGUUCCCAUGUUAAAACUACUCAUGUGAAUGGGGGCUCUACCGAGGAGGAGGACAGCGGAAAGACAGGAUCUGCUGCUGCAUUCACACGUAACCUAUCAGUGAUGAAACGAGGCAAGAAACCUCCAGCUCCUCCCAGCAGGUCAUACUCUUUACACAACGGGAAACAGACCUGGAAGACAUCUGAAAGUCCUACCUACUUGGCUGAUGUCAGCAUUCCAGAUGGAUCACCAUACCCUGUUGUCAUAAAGGCCACCACUCUCAAGUUAAGCCCUAAGGUAGGCAUACGUCCCUCCAAUGGACCCACAACUGUCCCAUCAAAGGAGAGCCAGCCAGUCAGCACAAACAAGAAAACGAUGUUAGCUGAGCUAAAGAUACACAGAAAUAACCUUCAAGUGUCUUCCAUUGGCGCACCCCAAUCAUACACAAAUGGCACCGAUAAGCUUGCUGAACUUAGGAACAGCCUUCUGUCUGCAAAAAAUCUAAUCAAAGGUAACAAUUCCUCACCAGCUGUAAUGGCUCUGUUGUCUCUGUUUGAGAUUCCCACCCAUCCCAAUGUACUGGCUCCGCCAGCUCCUCCUCCUGAGACCUGGGCUCACAACCAGCGGACUUUUGAACUGCUGUGUGGUCCCGGACCUGUUAACUAUUCACGCUGGUCCAAAAAGAGAGGUCUAAAAAUUACAGAUGAACCAGAUGUGGCUUUGGCAAAUACUGACAGAGUAAAUCCAGCACCACUUUUGCAGACAGUAGAGAUAAAAGGCAAAGUUGAAUCCGUAGCGCCACUUGUCUGUGUCGCCCCAUCUCCAUCACCUCGCCCAGAGCAUUGCCCACCAAUACCAAACAACAGCCAAGCCAAAGCUCCUCCGCCCCCUCCAGACUUUGUUCCCUCAACUCCUACACUAGCUACCAAAGCAAUAAAGGACUUGACGACUUGGAUCCCUCCACCUCCUCUGUUUCCUCCUCCAGCACCUCCAGUCGGUACGACUACAACUCCUGUCGCUGUGCAAAACGAUACUGACCUCCCUCCACCGCCCCCACCAUUUUCGCCACAGUCUUUACUGACAAUGACAAUGCCUCAACUACCACCAGAUAUUCCACCGCCACCACUGCAGGAAGUUCCACCUCCACCAAGACCACCUUCUGAACCACAGAAAAUCGCAUCCUAUCCGCAAGAAUCCCAAUCUUUGACACACAAUGUGUUAGUAACAUCAUCUGAAACUUCUCAACAAAUCAGCGUUCCUCCACCUCCUCCAGUGCCCACGGAUGUAAGAUCUCAAGUCACUGUUCCUCCACCUCCUCCGCUACCUACUGAUGUAAGAUCUCGAGUCACUGUUUCUCCUCCUCCACCACUACCUAGUAAUGUAAAAAUGGAGGACAGACUAGAGACGACAGAAACAGAGAAACGGACAAGCAGUCCCUCUCCGGCCAAAGAGGAGACCUCCGGUCCUGUGGUCACCCAGUCUCUCCUACAGAUGGUUCGUCUUAGGUCGGUUAAGUCCAGUCAGAUCCCUGAUGUAGAUCCUGAUAAACCAUCACAACCCAAACCAAAAUCAGGUGUCAAUCAAGAGGCGCCUCCAAAGCCAAUGAGACGAUCUUUGAUUUUGACAUCACUGCCCCCCGAUGUGGAAGCUCUUUGCAACACGGAGCCAAAAACUGAAGCUCCGUCCCCCAACACAACCACAACCACUGUAUCAAAUACUCAGCAAGGAUCAUCUGAUCCAGAAACUAAAUCAAAUAACAUUGCUGAAAAAACAGAAAACACAAUACUUGAGCCAAAAUGCUCUUCAGCUAUAUGUCCACCUACCGAACCAAGUAAGAAUCCAGUUCCUGCUGAAACAGAACCCAAACCCCAAACCCUCAAGGAACAAAUUCAACCUACAGUGCCUGACCCAGAAACCCUGCCAAGUACAACAGAACCAAAGGACCAAUCAAUCAGUGAGCCAAAGACUCAACAUCAGGCACAAGAACCCAACAAGACCCCACAUAAUUCAGAGAAGCAAUUAAGCACCGUUGAAAUACACUCAAAGCCAAACGGUGAGCAACCAAAAACCCAAACACCAAUGCCCAUUGUCUCUUCCACACCUCCCAUGGUCUCUUCACCAGCGAACCCCUCCAUGCGUCUCCAGGAAGCCAUUCGUCUAAAGGCUGCUGCUAUGUCUUCAAAAGACAACCAAGCCAAACUGUUUGGUCUGCGCUCCCCUCCUCCAGCCACAGCUUAUAGCACCACUGUACCAAACUCCCCUGCAUCUAUGGCCAGCUUCAUCUUCUCCAAAAGCCCAAAGAAGGUUGUAAUAGAGACACCGUCAUCCUUAGAGGUUCAGGCUGACCUGAGGAAAACUCUGGUGGCAGAGUUGGCAUCUGUCUCCGAUUCAGCCAAGUCUAAUGACUCGCACAAGAUGGUUAACAAAGUUCCUCCACCAAUUGCUAAGAAACCCAAUGCUAAGGUUGAGAGCGUUGCUCAAAACUCUGCAGAGGCCAAACCUGUAGCCAAGACUGAGCAUGUGCAAACAGAGACUGUACAAACUGCCGGACAGGAUGUACAGACAGAGAACUCUGAGAAAACAAAUGAAUGAAUAUGUGCACAAAUGAUUUAAUAACCCAUGAGUUUUUGCUUUAGUUUGCAGAUAACCCAGGCUUAACUGCUUAAGCAAUUUUGAAAUGUAAAAUACCAAAAAAAGUCUUUAUGUACAGAUAGGCAUAUUGCACUUUUUGUACACUGGUUUAGUGUAACUGAUUCUCAUUCAUCAUGGGAAUGCAUGUCACUGGUAUUUGGAAAUUAUAAAUAUUCUUAUUUUAUUUAUGUGUCCUCUGUCUUGGAAGCCAUGCUACCUUCCAAUUUGUAGAACUCCUCCCUGCUGGUAGCACUGUAAAAACUAUGGUAAUAUAGCAGGGCCAAUUAAUCUCUGUGGUGGAUUUUUACAGGCAUUAACGUAUGCCUGAAUACAAGAACAGUGUGAAAGGAAAUUAAGGUAAAGAAUGUAAGUAAAAAGAAUGUAAAGAAGCCAAACAAAAAGAUGGAGAAUGGUUUGGAGAAUGGACCACUGAUUUUGGGGUGGGGUUUGUGACUUCUGUUUUCUAUUUGCAGUGUGUAACUAAGCCUAUUUUUUACUUUUAAAACACCGUCAAUAAAGGUGAUCAUACACAUUCCCCACCCCAAGUAUCCAUGCAGUGCAUAAGAAUGUGGAGAAGGAAUCUGAGCAAGUAUAAAUGAAAAAGAAGGAUGGAGCUGAUGAAUGAAACAAAAGCUGUUUCUCACUGUUGUGAGUGUGCAAGUAGGGCCAAGAAGGUUGAGAAGUCAUGAAACCGCAUGAACAAGAGGUCUAAGGUGUUAAUCUCUGUGUAAUCAUUAUUUUUGAUUUAUUUUUUUGUAUUUUCACAGAGAAGUUCAUUAGUUUACAUAGUUGAUGUACAUUACAGUCUGCUACAAUCUACAAAUAAAAGAAAAAUAAUGUUUUUAA